AAUCACACCGAAGUCUGAACUGUAGGGAGUGUGUUCUCUCGAGUGUAUUGAAUGUUCUCCGAACAUUCAAUACCCUAACCCCUAAUUCCCAGCGCUUAAUGGAUCUUCCCAUUUUACAAUCCUGAAUCAAAUUUCCUCUUUUUUUUUUUUUUCCUUUCAGAAUGAAAUGGCUUCCAUCUGGACUCUCCAAUUUCAUUCUCCGUCGAGUGUCCAGCCGUCAAGUUUGGGCGCAAAGCACCAGAUCUCUUCAAAUGCGGUUGUAUUUAGGACCGAAUUCUGGUGCAGACAUGACAAACUGAAUUGGAAUCGGGUAGGAAUCUAUCAAAAGCUGGUAUCAAGGUCAAUUAGAGCUUCUUUGAACUCGGAUAGAAACCAAAGUGCCCAAGAUGAGGUCGCUUUUGAGGGGGAUCCCGCGGCAGAUUCCAAAAACCUAAUUGCCAAAUUUCAGGGGAUGAUUAAUUCUUUGCCUCCUCGGGUUUGCAUGAUUAAACGACAUGUAGGAAACAACAUUGCAACUGGAUUAUGCAUUGCUAUUGCUCUUUUGCUUGUUGCUGUUAGAGCCUACAUGGUGACAAAGUCGAGGAAAAGCCGACCUGGCUCCGUAGCUGAUCUGGUCAGACGUGGCCAGUUGAGAUCUGAUAGAAGAGGCAUCUCAAAACCUCUCAAAUAUGAGGACCCAUUUAAUAAUCCGUUGGUGAAGGUAGGUAAGAGCAAUUCAACCGUAGAGAUGUGUGGGAAAGUUUAUCGCUUAGCUCCAGUUACUCUUACUCAAGAGCAGCAAGCUAUCCAUCAGAAAAGGAGAUCUAGAGCAUACCAGUGGAAGAGACCAACUGUGUUCCUUAAGGAAGGGGAUUCCAUACCUCCUGAUGUAGACCCCGAUACGAUCAGAUGGAUUCCAGCCAAUCAUCCUUUUGCAACCACUGCAGCUGACAUUGAUGAAGACCUGGCACAAAACAAUGUGUAUCAGAAGCAUGGUGUUCCAUUUCGUAUUCAGGCUGAGCAUGAGGCACUGCAGAGGAAGCUUGAAGCACUACAAAAUGAAGAAAAACUCAACAAUCUAGUAAUUGACAGUAGAAAUGCAAGAGAUUUUCAGAGACCAUUCAAGAAAUCUCCCAAUUUGGAUGGCCGUGUUGAACAGAAACCUGUCAAUAAUGAAACUGAGAGCUUUAACCCAUCUAGAUCAGAUAAUCCCCCGAAUUUGCCCGGAAGCAAUCCAUCAACCGAGGAGAUGCAGAAAUCCUGAACUACAUAUUAUUUCUUAUAAUACAAUCAUCCUUUGCCAGGCAUACUUUUGCAGCAAAGUCUACAUUUUCUAGUCAUAAGAUACGUUUGAGAUUUAGAUGUGAAAUUUUGGAACUUAAUAUAACCACAUUCCAGAAUCUCACUUGUAAAACGGAAGACCAGAAAUGUAAAUAGAAUUGCAGUGUCGAUUUUUAUCUGCGGAAAGAUAAUUUUGCGGUCGGUUGCCUUUUCUAUAUCUAUGUAAUUUAUUACUGCA